AGCUGGACCUGCAUGAAGCAUGUUCAGAAAGAUGCUGAUGUGUUUCUUCUUGGAGAUCCUGGGUAAAGGCUGUGCAUUCAUUGCAGUGCUGCUGCUGGUUUUCCAAUUGACUUCAGAAGCAGCAAGACCUCUGGAAAAAAAAGCUGCAGCCGUGGGAUCCUCGGUGCUGCUAUCUGCACCAGACAACAUAAAAGACAUCAACUUAAUCCAGUGGGAAUAUCGAAAUGGCACCACGUGGGACUUCAUUGUGCAGUACUAUGUGGGGUCACAGAACCCAACAUUCUAUCCGCUCUAUGAAGACAGGGUCAUUUUCUAUUCGCCCAACGGCUCCCUCUUGCUGGAAAAACUACAAGAGACAGACAGCGGGGUCUACAAAGCCAGUAUCAAUCUGAUCGAGAGCGAAGCCAGGACAACCCUUCUGAAAGUUCUCAGGCCUGUGUCCCAGCCUCAGAUAUGGAGCAAUUCUAGCCUGGCAGGUUCGCCGAUUGAGUUAUUCUGCAACGUGCCGGAGGGAACAGUGGAGAACAUUGACUGGGAGAAGGAAGGAGGCCCUCUCCCCCAGGAAAGAUGUUACCUUCUUUCUGAAAAUGACAGUUUGUUGCACAUUGGGAAAGGGGGAAAAUUAGACUGUGGCUCCUUUUCCUGCAAUGUCAGCAAUGAGAUCAGCUGGCAGGAAUCCUCGCUAAAGCUGACCAUUGUUGGUAUCUCGCCUCCGCUAGAACUUGCUUUGAAAAUGUCUGCUAUUGCUGUGGUGUUUGCUCUGGUCUCUGGGAUGGGCUUCUUUGUCUUGUGCUGCCAGUCAGAAAAGCUAAGAAUCAAGGGGGAGAACUGGAGAUGGAUGAUCAUAUUCAUUCAGGUUCUGGUGUGUGUCUCUUCCAUCUUGCUGUUCGCUGCAACUGUUCUCUGGAUGCAUGAGGAAGGUCCCUCUGCUGCCUUCAUAGUGCUUGAGAUUUUGCUUGUAUAUGUAAUAAUGGUAACAGUCCUGAUAUCAGCAACGUUGAUGUAUCAGCCUGCAAAGCUCAGUGGAUUUAAGACCAAACCAUGGCAGCGUGUCAUCCUGGACUCAGCAGGCCCUGGAGCAGUGAUAUUAGUGGUCCUGUUUGCCAGCCUCCUACUCCAGAAAAUCUCUCAGCUCCAAGGUGAGAACAGACCCUCUAGUGACCUAUGUUUACACUGCAUGUUUUCCUGAGAACAAACCCUCACCUCUGAGAGCUGGAGGUUCUGCAUGGGCGGCUCUUGCUGCAGAGCCUUGUGUAGUGAGCCCCCAUCGCUGGGAGCCACUUCUAUCAAGACAUGAGGACAGUGCACAUGAACACUGAAUGUGUCUGUGCUGCAUAA